AUGCGUUCAUUUUUACUUGCAGUGCUGGGCCUGAUGGCAACAUCAUCACUCGCAGCUCCCGGGCUAGCCGCUCAGGAGGGCGUCAGUGCUUUCGAGGCCAUAGGCAACUUGAAAUCAGGACCUCAUGUAUAUGUCCAUAUCGCCGACGACGGAGUGGCACGAGCUUACGACGAGAACGAAUCCGUUAUCGACUAUAUUCCCUUGACCAACGACCAGCUUAAGCAGCUGCUCAGGAACCUUCCAGAACCAUGGAAGAAGGAAGAGGAUCAUUUGCACGCUGUUUUCAAUGGCGUCGACGGACGUCAAGUUACGGAUGAGAAACAGUUGCUUGACCCUCCUGCUGAGCUUCGAAACCCCAUGCCUCAGGCCAACCCUGCACUAGAGAUCCAGCUUGCCGAUUCUUGGGCUGCUCACAUUGUGCGCGGCUGGAUGCUGUCGUUCCAGGGGGAACGGGUGUUUGCGUUUAGUGAAAGCAUACUUUCUGUUGCCCUCGCACCUCGCCACCUUUCUAAAUAG